CGCAGCAGUCAAACGGGACAGCACGACAGUACCUCGCGCUCGCAUGGCUGCAGUCACUCUGCGACCCACCAUCGGAAGCAGCGGGGCCGCGCGUGUUUUUCUUUUCUUCGUCGCAAGUUUAUUACAAGCAACACUAUAUUGCGCUUUGUGCAGUGCAGAAGUUACAGCGUACCUGGAACAGAAGUUACCCCCCCCCCCCUUUUCAAUCGAUGGUGUUUGCUUAGUGUAAAGUGUGCGCAAUGAUUGAAUGUGAGCAGCCGAACAUCACCGACACCGUGGUGAUAGAUCAUGAAGAGUUUCUCGAUCGCAUCAAGAAAACGCUGUACUACGGCUCGUCCAAGGUACGGUGCACCAAGAUUAGCCGCCCGCUGGCCGACUACGCGGCGGACGUGUUUUCCGAAACCCACCGCGGCCAUUCCCUCAGUCGACUGAACUUUGCGACUGUGGGCAACCUGUCCGUGACGCCAUGCUCGCUCAUCCUGGCGAUGAUCUAUCUCGAUCGGUUGAACGCCACCGAUCCGACCUUUGUACGUCGCGUAACGCCGUCGGAAUUAUUUAUAGUGUCGAUGAUGGUCUCCACUAAAUUUUACUGCGGUUACGACGAAGACAUCUAUCUAAGUGCCUGGGCAGAGUAUGGAAACAUGACACCGGAUCAGAUGAAAGCGUUGGAAUUGGAAUUCUUGGACGCAAUGAAUUGGAAUGCCUACGUUUCCAAGCACGAUUUCUUCGAGAAGCUGAAAGCGGUCGAAAAGGUGCUGGCGAAACGGCAGGGCCUCACACGCGGCUGGCUAACGUACACCGAGCUUAUCAACUUUCUACCCUCAUUUGCGAUGGCGAAGCAGCUGAUCCACUACAGCACCGUGCUCGCGCUGAGCUACACCGCCAGCGUGAUGACCAUUGCCGGAGCCUUCCUGUUAGCUAGCAAUCUUCAUCUCCCGGGCAACCUACUGUACCGCGGUUCAUCGACCAGUCUCGAGGGCAGCAGCAGCAGCAGCAGCAACCCGCUGUCGUCACCACAGCCAACGGGGGUCGACAGUCGGCUCGAUCAUGCGACGGUCGAUGACACAAACACACUCGAAGACUGCAUCUCGAAUGGCACGCUUGCCGCAUCGCAGAUAAAAACAGCACUGAAAGACUGCGAGGUUGCUUUUGCUGCCGGACAUGAGCAGCAGCAGCAGCACCAACAUCACCACCACCAUCACCACCAACAACAGCAGCUGCACAAUCCUAGUUGGCACAGUAGUACAAACGAACAUCACGAAGCGACCGUUUUCUCACUACCCUACCGCUAUCGCAACAUACGCUUCAUUUUCGAUCCUGCCGGUGGUAACAAUUUCGUGCAGCAGAUUGAUUUCCUUCGCUCCGAGCAGGAAGGGAACGAGUCGGACCGGGCACCGAGCGACGGCGGAUCGAACAACGAUCGCUCGCUGGAACUUCGCCACGCUGGAUCUCUAAAUUGUUCGUACGAUUGCUUCAUUCCACUGAUGGGCGGCAGUGGGCGAUGGUGUGCGGAGGGCAGCGCUGAGCAGCAGCACGACAACUAUGACGGUAUCUACAAACAUUACAAGAAAACGUACGACAUGUUCAGUUCGCUGCUGAAGUUUCUCUAACGUAUACCCCCUCCCCGCCCCCGGCGUCAAACACUGACCGCAGUAGGAUAGACGACUAAUAACAAAACAUGGCAUUCGUUUCGUUUAAAGGAACUUAAAAUCAUGAAAUCAAUGAAUUGUGCAAUUGCAAACCCCAAAAACCCCAACAAAAAAGCGUACCUUUCGUUCCAUUCCUCGAGUUUUAAAGCUAACAUUAUUUCAAAAACAGGACUAAUGAUAUAUGUUAUUUACAUUGAAUAUGUGUACUGUAAAUUGUGACAAUUCUCCAUUUGUUUUAGUUUAAAAAUCCGUUUAAUGCUUUUGCAAUAAAUUUUAUUAUUGGACCACAAUACAUACAGAAAGGCGCGCGUGUGUGUGUGAAAUAUACAUCUAAAAGGUCCGAAAAAAAGAACGAAAAUCGGAAGAGGUUACAGGGCUACGCAAUUUUCGCGAAUCGCGUAAUAUUCAACGAUCCCCUUUACUGUAAAGAGUAAGCCGAAAACAAUGGUAUCGAAACUCAAUUAAAAUGAGUUACUUAUGACAAGCCCUUAAGCGACCUAAAACCAACACUAAACCCAUACUGGUCCUGACACCAAUACAUUACCUUUUCUGGUUCGAGAACUGCACAUGACCUAAUGCCUGCAGGACUGGCACCUAUGAACCUAUGCAAGUCCAGGGCUCGACACUGAGUCCCAAACCGAACCCAGGAAGCGAUGCUGAUCAUACCGGUCCUCGAACUGUUCAUGUACCCAUACCUGCCCAGGAAUCUAUCAUGAACACUUACUGGUCGUGGAGCCUAUCAUGACUCCAUACCGGUCCUGGAACCUAAUAUUAACUUAUUUUAUCUUUUUUUUUUGCAUAACAACAGCUGUCAGUCAAGGCCUACCUCUGUACCCACUAAUGAAGUGGGCUUCGCUCCACAGCAGGAUAGUCAGUCCUGUACGUAUGGGGGUAUAGUCUAUCCGGUAGUGAUGGGUAAAGUUGGCAAAAAUCCGGAGUCGACUCCAAUAAAUUCAGAAUCGACUCGGGAAGGUAGAGUUCGCCCUGCAUUAUUCGGAGUAGUCCGGAGUCGUCCGGAGUCGUUCGGAGUCGGUCUUCGGAACAAAGGCCUGUAUACGAGGUGCACGCGCAAAGGGAAAGACACAACGAAACGAAAUGACUGAUCACAAGUACAUUACAGGGUUUCCCACGAUUUAUUGGUUGGUACCCAUCAAUUUUUAAUGGAUUCCCAUAUUUUAUUCGUGCGUUCCCACGAUUUUUUGGUCGUUUCCCAGAAUUGUUUGGUCCAAUUGUAUUGAUAUCCAAUCGGAAAAUACCAAAAAAUUAUGGGAACGAACCAAAAAUCUAUGGGAUACGACCAUAAAAUCGUGGGAACGCACCAAAAAAUCAUGGGAACUGACCAAUACAUCGUGGGAAACCCUGUAAACCACACUACUCGACUUCGAUCGACUCUGGACUAAUGUUGGGUUUCAUGAAUCUUUCGUUGAGAUUCAUUCAUACGAAUCUUCAGUGAUGAGUGAUUCGAAUCUCAGGUUGAAUCUUCAAAGAUUCACAAAUCUUCAAAGAUUCUUGAAUCUAAAAGAUUCAUAAAUCCAUUCAAAUUCAUAUAUCUCCAGGGAUUUAUGCAUCUUAAUGAAUUCUUUAUCCUUGAGAUUCAUUAAUCUUUCGAGAUAUAAAAAUCUUUUGAGAUACAUGAAUCUUUCCGGUCGAGAUUCUGAUUCAUUGAAUCAUUCCAAACAUUCAUUCAGAUUCAUGCAUCUGAAUCAAAUUGACCCAACACUAUUCUAGACGACGCCGAAUGACUCCGAUCCCGAUCGACUCCGGCCGGCCCCGGACGACUCAGGACGACUCCGACUCCGGGCGGAACUAGUGGUUCCAUUUUGCCCGAGUAGGAAUCGGACUCGGAAAGCAUAUCACUACUAUUUAUGGGCUUGAACCCAUGACGGGCAUGUUUGUUAAGUCGUGCGAGUUGACGACUGUACCACCAGACCGCGCCAUUUUCAACUUAUACCGGUCCUGAAACUGAUACUUAAUGCAUACCGGACUUGGAAACUGACACUGACCCCACACCGGUCCUCAAAACUACUCAUGAAUCCGUAUCGGUCCUAGAAUUGAAAGUAAACCCAUAAAGGACCUGGAACUGAUGGUGAACUUGGAAUCGAUCAUGAACCCAUACUGAUCCAGGUAUAGCUCCCAACAUCAGUUAUUUCCAAGACUGGUACCUGGAACUUUUCCGGAUUCGGAUUCGAAAUGAUAUUUGGACCAGAUUCGGGUAUGUAUCCGAUACAAUUCGUACGAAAUUUAGUAGAAGAAUUUGUAUAGCGAUAAUCAUCAAAAAAAAAAAAAAAAACAACAACAACAAUUGUCCAUAAAAACCAAUAUCACAGAAACGACAGAAUCGCCAAAUCGUAAGGUUGAAUAUGAUAAUGAAUUUACUGUUUAUUUUGGUACACAUUUCGGUUUUCAAUAUUUGCUAGUUUCUCUAUUGCUGUUCGUCGAUUGUUGUAUUGUUUUAUCGCAUUUGUCGUGUUCGUGUAUGCGCAUGCAAUCGAGUGUCGAGGACACCAGAGAGAGCGAUACAGAGAGAGUGUGUAUUAGUAGUAGUAUUUUUAAUACUAUAAUAUCCUACUAUAUAUUCAUAUAUUAUUCGGUGUGCGUGUAUGCGAGACUGUGUUGUGAUCUCAUUGUUUUGUUUUGAUUUGAGCAUCGGUUUGACCAUCGUUCCCCCUCGCUGAACUCUGCUAACUGGAAGAUCUAGCUGAAAGCAUUACAUACUUCACAAGCAAUCGCUCUCUUGGAGAUGGAAAUACGGUAUUAGAACGGGAUUAUUUUCUAGACUAUACUUGUUUUCAUUCAACACACUAGGCUCCGCGAUUCCGGUUCCUGGCGCAGUUUACAGCAUAAUUCAAAAAUUGUCAAUUUGUUUUGCUUGCUAUAAUAGCUAGAAUACAGCGUGUGUGUGUGUCUGUGUGUUACGUUAUGUAUGCUGCAAAUGCAUUGUGCAUCAUGGUGUGGUUUAUUAGGUUAAGUCCCCCUUAAUUUGUUUGGGGCAGGAUGUCCCCCUUCAUACGCUAUAUAAGUUAAUCGACAGUACGUAGUAGUAGGUUGAAAGACGACGUAGGGACAACAGUAUCCAGGUGGCGCUGUGUGGCUAGAAAAUUGACCCAUUAUGCUUAGGUACUGUGAAGGUGGCUGCACUUGCCCAACCCCCUUCUUUUAGUAGUUAGUUAGUUAGUGGUAGCUGCCCAUUUUUUUGACUGCUUGCUUGCUUGCCGACGAAAGGCCAGCCAGAAGGAGGAAGGAUGAUAGAAAAAUAGUUUCAUUUUCUUAAGCAAUUCAACGAUAUACUAUAGAUUUUUGUUUUUGUUUUCUUCUUCUCCCUCUUCUUCUUCGAAUAAUUAGUAGAUAGGUAAAGGUGUAAGGCCGAGGUGUAGGUUUUGGGGAAGUAGAAAUAUCAUGUUUAGAAUAUUAUUGUGCUUAACAUGGAGGGAUUUACAUGGAGCAUUUGGGGGGCGCGUCGCCUUUUUCGACAGCUCCUUCUUUUGCUUAGUCAAAAAUAUCUGCGCGCCGAAUAGGGAAUGUGUGUGUGUGUGUGGAAGAACUUGGUUCCGAAUCGUUUUGUUUCGUAAGGUGUUUUUUUUUUUGUU